UUUAAGAAGCUCCUAUUGAUUGGGAAUGGCCUUGAUCGGGAGUUCGUGACGAUGGAUUUGGUAGAGGCUGCCAUUUGCGCUCAGUACCAUGACUGCGUUAUGUACCUGCUAGUGCAUUACCCUGUACUUGCAUUGCGGGAUGACUUUCUUCAAUUUAUAAAUAAUUUAUUUGUACACACCAGAGGAUGUGACUGGAAUUACAAGAAGAGGUACUUGAGUGCCAUGACUACGUGCAUAUCUAAGGUUCACUCGAUGAGGCAGCCUAAACUGAUGUUCAAACUCAUCCAGAUGUGCUUCCAGUACUGCCCGAGGGCUGCUCAUGAUGAAGUAGAUUGUGACGGGGCUUGUCGACAACUCGAAUGCAAGAUUGCGCUCAAAACUGGAACGCUCGACAAUCUCAAUUCCAAGACACAAACUGCUCUGGAAUUACGAGUGGCAGCUGUGAAGCACCUCUUCCAAAUGAUUGAAUUACAUGCUCUGCCUAUUGAGUUGUGGAUUUACGAGUCUCGGAUGUCACGUCGAGAUUCCCUGCUCGACCUCCAUUUAUUGAGUGAAUGCAGUCGAAAUGAAAUAAAUCUGCUCAUUUUUCUGCUCUACAAUUUGACUGUUGGUUCCAUUCCGCUCUUCUUGCAGUUACUGCCAGUGUUCAAGCGAAGAGGUUUCAAAUUAACUGCAUCAUGUUUGACAACUUUCAUCAUGAACGACUACUUGGUAGAAUAUCUUGAUAAGGCCCUCAAGUUGCGUAGCCCAGAUCUCCAAGCAGUUGUACACGACCGUGAAUCACCGUACCGAAUUUUAUUAUCGGAACUGACCAGGAACUGCUGCCUUGAUGGCGAAUGUUGGUUCAGGUCGUACGUACUCCAGGAUGCCUGCGCACGGGCAUUGCUUGUAGGUGCACGAAUUCCUUUACUCAUGAUGCUGCAUCUCGGCGUGCACGACAUAAGUCCGAGCAGUUGCAAUGUGCGAAUCGGCCGUAGUCCUAUAGACCUGAUCGAGAGGAAGGCCGACAAACUCUCGCCGUCGAUCGAGUUCAUUACUCAUCGCUACGCUCCUCGCUUUAGCCGCAAGAUGAAGAUGAUGGCAUUCGGCCGAGUGAAGUUCGAGCAUGACGACUACAAUCAUUCAUAUUUUUCGGAGGAGACGACGCGCUACCGUGCGCCCGAAGCGCCGCUGCGGUCGCUCCAGGAGCUGUGCCGCCUCUCCAUCCGCGCCUCCCUCGGCCACUGCAGGAUUGAAGAAAAAACGGAAGGACUGCGAGACGUGUUGCCGCAGCCUCUGAGGGAGUACCUGUAUUUCCGCCACGACUUCCUCGUCUUCCCUGAGGCUGUUGAUUGAUUACCAAUCCAAUAUUAUCUUUUGUA